AUGUUGCUAAUGUGUGGUUUAUUGUCACUCCUCAUUACGCCGGAAGCGCAUAUGAUCAUCGAACGUCCCACACGCCAAUCACCAGAUGACUACAGGAAUCAGCGAGCUCUACUUACUCGCCAAGAGGCAGACCAAGCCUUCGGAUCAUCCAUACUGCUGACUGCAAACGAAACCAUCGUCAACAAACAGCUGAGAAAGCUAAAAAUCAACGAACUAGCCAAAGGUUACUUCAAUCCGUACAGCUUCUCCCCUGCACGCCACUUCUUUGAAGUGUUGGACGAGAUCAACGCAUCGCCUCUGUUUGAGUUUAUCCGCGCGAUGCCCAAAGGUGCUGUGCUGCAUGCACAUGAUACCGCCCUAGCCAGCACGGAGGUGAUCGUGAACGCGACGUACUUCCCUGACCUCUGGCAGCGUGGUAACUUCACCGACGGCCAUGAUCCCGAGUUUCUAUUUUCGCGGGCGAAACCCACAACCGGUGGUGCCGGUUGGGAACCGGUGUCGACCGUUCGGAAUCGGACAGGUGCCGACCGAUACGAUGAGCAGAUCCGUCGUCUGUUUUCGCUGUUCGAUGAGGAUCCACUGCAUGCGUAUCGAAGCAUUAACGAUGUGUGGAAUAGGUUUAGUAGGAUUUUUCUGGCCCUCGAUCCUAUCGUCACGUACAAGCCCGUCUGGGAGUAUUACUUUCGGGAGGCGUUGCGUGAGUUCUACGAGGAUAACGUGAUGUACCUGGAAUUUCGAGGAUUGCUGCCAUCGCUCUACGACCUAGACGGCAAUACCUACAAGCCCGAAGAGGUGGUAGAAAUCUACCGAACAAUCACGGACGAAUUCAAGGCCACCCAUCCAGGAUUUGCCGGCACAAAGUUCAUCUACGCACCAAUCCGGAAUGCCGACGACCAAACUUUGGAUCAAUAUUUAAAGCUUGCAGAACGAUUACACCGCCAGUACGGUGACUACGUCGUUGGAUUUGAUCUCGUCGGCCAGGAGGACGGCAGCCGAACUUUACUGAGCAUGGUUCCGAAGCUACUGAACCUACCUGACUCCAUAAACUUUGUGUUCCACGCAGGCGAAACCAACUGGCAAGGUAUGCCGUCGGAUGAAAACUUGUUCGAUGCCGUUAUGCUCGGUACGAAACGUAUCGGGCAUGGAUACGCACUGCUCAAGCAUCCGGUGCUGCUGAAGAUGGUGAAGGAGCGAGACAUCUGCGUCGAAAUCAAUCCCGUGUCCAAUCAGGUGCUCAAGCUGGUAGCUGAUUAUCGGAAUCAUCCGGCAGCCAUUCUGUUCACGUCCAACUUUCCACUGGUCGUGUCGUCGGACGAUCCGUCAUUCUGGUGCGCGGCACCACUCAGCCACGAUUUCUACAUGGCAUUUCUGGGCAUGACUGGAGCGGAUCAGGACCUGCGAGUACUGAAACAGCUCGCACUCAACUCGUUGCGCUACAGCCUAAUGAACGAGCAGGAUAAGCGUGUGGCGGAAGCAAUAUUUGACCACUCCUGGAACGAUUUCAUCAAUGCGAAAGUCGCACAAAUAUUGGCAUCGAAGCGAAAUGAGGUGUGAGUG